AUAAGCUCGCUUUAAGUCACUGUUUAGCAAACACUGAAUUAAAAUACAACAAAAGCGUUUAAACAGAACAAGCUAUUAGGCUUAUAAAGUAAAGUUUACAAAAGAUUGUGGAAGCGAUUAGAAACCAACUGUAUACUACAAUUGGAUAUAUACUCUCUUAUUUAAUACGCGAUAUAAAGUGACCCGCGCGAACCAUCUUCUAAGACACGAAUCAGUUGGCUUACCAAACCAAAACAAAAUCUACAUCAACUCCGUUUGACAGUUAACGAAGAUUUCUAAAUACAAGCGUUCGCAGCAGAAAAGGAACAACAUUAAAGAACUAAACCGUUAAACACACAAACAAAUCUUCACAAGCACAUCCAAUCGCAGCGGGAAAUAAGAGACAAGAACAAUGAGCGAAUUCAAGACCUCGUUCACGGCGAUUCUGAACCGCGAUCUAAAGCACAUCUACAGCGGAUUCCCCAGGACUCUCACGUACCGCCACUCAAAUCCCUACCCUACCCAGGAGCAGAUGCGAAUGAAGGUAGGCGAGGAUGAAAGUUCAAAGCUAAAGACGUACGUGUUGAAGUCGUCCGAGUUCGUGCCCGAAUACAGCUGCCUCAUCCCGAGAGCGCCUGCCUUCCGGGUCCUGUCCCGCCACCAUGUUGAUGACCUAGUUGUUCGCCUGUCGCAACCAACAAUUGCUAGCAAAGGAAUUUCGCUCACAAGCGACCACGACACGAUCCUCAGAAAGCACGAGUCCAACAAUAAAUAUCUCGGACUCCGCUCCAUAGACGAACGGGAACAGACGAUGAUUACCGAACGCGUGUCAAGGCCGACCCAGUCGUCAAGGACGCGCGAAUUUCAGACCAGACGACAGAUGACCCAUAUUUAGUUUUCCCGCCGAUUUUGAUCACAAUAAUUAAGUAAACAUUCUUAUGAAUAAAUCCAAUUUAUUUCGUCUAUUGACUCUUAGUACAGUUUCCUGCUCUCAGGGGAAACAACUCUUAUAUUUUCAAAUUAAACGUUUAAGUAAGUUAUUUAUAUUCUUCAAUGUCUGGGUUUUUUUUUAGAAUACUUGUUACCAUAACAGAUAAUAAUAAUGUGCAUUGACAUUUGAAAAAAAGAUCACGUAAACAACCAAUUAUGUGUGUAACGCUUUUCAACACAGAGCAUUUAAAUGAUUGUGUUAUGCUAGUUUUGCUCUUUAUAUUACGUAAACGCUGACAGCGGAUGAAACUCACAUGCGACGAACCGCGUCAUGCAAAAACGGGUCUUAUGCCAUAUACGACCAGGGUAGUUCGAGACCAGCCUGCGUAGUCGAGCCGGGAGCUACCCUGUCCGCUUAUGAGAGCAAGAACCAUCCGUGACUUACAGCGGACGGUAUCUCCUGACCAGACUGCGCGAUCAGGGAACUGGUCUGGGGCUACGCUUGCGCAUAUGGCCACAGACCUAUAUUCGCACGUCGUUGAACACACUCAAUAGAUUGAUAGGUAGAAAUUGUUAUAUGUUAUCAUAUUGAUACAUUGUGAUAGUAUGAAUUUACACUUACCUUACAGUAUUAUGUGUUGUAUUAUGUACUUGCAUCGUGUACAGUAGAGGAAUUGUUAUUUAUUAUUUAAUAAUCUGUUUGUUGUUCUCUGUAGUUGUCAUUUUUAUUAAAGUAUAUAAUAAAUG